CUCCCAUGAGUCUUGCUCUCGACUGAGCAUCGCGGAAAUGCCUCGCACUGGUUUUGCUGCUGGCUCAGCAAGUCCACGUUCCCCUCAGGUCGAAGUUGCCGGCGCCAUGUCUCGCCUGUACCAGCGCUCCUACCCCGUGCUCGACACUGUCGCGCUGGCGUGCAUUGUCGGCACCUGGGUCCUGAUUCAAUUCUUUGCGACCCCGUUCCAUCGCAUGUUCUCCCUCGACAAUAGGUCGAUUCAGUACCCCCACGCCUUCGUGGAGAGGGUGCCCGUCAUGUGGUCGGUUGUCUAUGCCGGUGUCAUCCCGUUUCUCAUCCUCCUCGUAUGGGCCGCCUUGUUCCGUCCAUACCCGCACAAGGUCCAGGUGACCUUACUCGGCUUCCUUAUUGCGAUCAUGUUGACGAGCCUGGUCACGGAUAUCAUAAAAAAUGCCGUCGGAAGGCCUCGUCCGGACUUGAUCUCCCGUUGCAUCCCCAGAAAGGGCACCCCCGAGGACGCACUGGUGUCCUGGACCGUUUGCACCCAAUCGAACGAGCACAUGCUCCAGGAAGGAUGGAGGAGCUUCCCUAGUGGCCACAGUAGCUUCUCAUUCAGUGGGCUCGGCUACUUGUCGUUUUUCUUCUCCGGUCAGAUGCAUGUUUUCAGACCCAGAACCGAUCUCUGUCGCUCUCUCAUUGCCUUCGUGCCACUCCUGUGCGCUCUUCUGAUUGCCAUUUCUCGUCUCGACGAUUACCGUCAUGACGUAUACGAUGUUACCUGUGGAUCUGUGCUUGGUCUGUCGAUUGCUUAUUUCUCGUACCGCCGGUAUUACCCAGGCCUACGGUUCGUGACCUGCGACAUGCCGUACGGAAGAGACGACACUAUCGGCUCUGAUGGCUUCGCAAAACUUGCCGAUGACGAGGAACAGCAGGUUCUACGCCACGUUGGAUCCCGCCAGUGGGAAUCCCGUCCCGAAUCUUAUCCUCUUGCCCCAACCGCCUCACAUGAGAGGUAGACGUUGCCCUUGCCACGCCCUGUACCAUUUUCUAUGAUACCCUGCACUUGCGGAUGGUUGGUCGCUAUUAUUGGAGCAGCGUACAUCUACACUAUAUAGAACACAUCUCUAUUGCGCUCACUAUGACCGUCAAACUUU